CAAGAUGGCGUCUGACGGAGAAGGCCUAAACGCGGGCAUUAUAUUUCUGUGUUCUUACAUAUAUGUUGUCUAAUAGAGUACACACGGUUAAUAAUUGUUUGUAGCAGGAUACAUUAGUCUGAGCGCACUUUGACACUUCUCCUGUUUGCUAGCUUCAUUUAAGGUAGCUUGCAGCUAGUUUAGCUGGCUAGUUAGCUUAGCUUGUUAGCUGCUAACAAAGAGACGCGGAAGUUAUUUAAACAUCGCUAAGUAGGGAACUAAUGUGAGUGUAAAGUGUUGUGAUUGUGUGAAAAUGUGCGAAAGAACGAUAGCAAAGUACGAGGAGGAACUUUGUCCAACAAAAGAGGAGAAGGAGCGACAUCAACUACUGGAUGUUUAUUAUAAGAAACAUCAUCAAGUUGUGUUACACAGACCAGACGUCUGUGAAGAACAUCUUCUCCCUGAGCAAAAGGAGCGGAGUUUCAGGAUGCAGCUGGAUGAGCCACAACACCCUUGCUUUAAAGAGGAAGAGGAGGUGCCAGGAACCCCACGCUUUAAAAAUAAAGUGGAGAAUCCACUGAACCCCAGCAUUGAUCGGAAUAAGGAGGAACCACUGACCACCCACUUUAAAAAGGAAGAGGAGGCGCCACAGCCCCUGUACCCUAAAGAGGAAGAGGUGGAACACUGCAUCAGUCAGGAGGGAGAGCAUAUUGAAGGACCGGUGGAGUUCCCAGUGACUGGUGUCCCUGUGAAGAGUGAAGAUGGUGAGGUCAAAGGUGAAAGUGAGGAGAAGAGAGAGGCGGAGCCUCCAAGCAGCAGCUCAACACAACACAUGACAACAGAAGCUGAUGGAGACCACUGUGGAGGAUCACAAGCAGACCAGCUCGUAGCUCCACUAUCAGAUAGUGAGGACACAACGUCACACUCUUCUGACACUGAUGAUGAACACUCUAAAGAUGAUAAGACAUGUCACACUGACAACACUCGCUUUAAAUGUUCUCACUGCGACAAAACAUUCAAUUACCGUCGUAAUCUGAAAACACACACGAGAAGACACACUGGAGAAAAACCCUUCACCUGCUCAGUAUGUGGUAAAAGUUUUGGACUAAGUCAAAAUUUGAAAGUACACAUGAGAACACACACUGGAGAAAAACCUUAUGUCUGUUCAAUCUGCGGUAAAGGUUUUGGAACGAGCCACAAUUUGAAAUUACAUAUGCGAAUACACACUGGAGAAAAACCUUUUAUCUGUUCAAUAUGUGGUAAAGGUUUUACACACAGUCAGAGUUUGAAAAGACACGCAAUAUUACACACCGGAGAAAAAAACCCUUUUACAUGUUUAAUCUGUGGUAAAGGUUUUGUUCUAAGUCACAAUUUGAAGGUACACAUGAGAACACACACCGGGGAAAAACCUUUUACCUGCUCAAUCUGUGGUAAAGGUUUUGCACAAAGUUCAUGUAUGGAAAAACACAGAAGAAUACACACUGGAGAAAAAUCUUUUAUAUGUUCAAUCUGUAGUAAAGGUUUUGUACAAAGUAACAAUUUGAAAGUACACAUGAGAACACACACUGGUGAAAAACCUUUUUCCUGUUCAACCUGUGGUAAAGGUUUUACAGAAAAUCAGUGUUUGAAAAGACACAAGAGAACACACACUGGUGAAAAAUCACAUUGCUGUUCAAUCUGCAACAGAAGCUUUUGUGACCGACCAAACCUUGUAGCACACAUGAGAACACACACGGGAGAGAAAGUGUUGAGUUGCAGUGUGUGUGGUGAAAGAUUCUCUUAUAAGUACCAGUGUAAGAAACACAAGUGUGCUGGUGAGAACAGCAGCAGCAAAUGAACCUGCAGGUUUUGUAAUAAACUGUCAAGACUUUAAUUUUGACUUUCUAACAACUUUAGCACAUAUAACAUGUGUGAUGUUGUUGUUGUUUGUGUAUCCUUUUCAACUUAUAUUCAAUUGAAUAGACUGCAAAUACAAGAUAUUUCAUGUUCACACUGAGAAACUGUUAUUUUUUUUGCAAAUAUUAGCCCAUUUGGAAUUUGAUGCCUGCAACAUGUUUAAAAAAAGACUGAGAAAGUUGAGGAAUGCUCAUCAAACACUUAUUUGGAACAUCCCACAGGUGAACAGGCUCAUUGGGAACAGGUGGGUGCCAUGAUUGGGUAUAAAAGCAGCUUCCAUGAAAUGCUCAGUAAUUCACAAACAAGGAUGGGGCGAGGGUCACCACGUUGUCAACAAAUGCGUGAGCAAAUUGUCGAACACUUUAAGAACAACAUUUCUCAAGGAGCUAAUGCAAAGAAUUUAGGGAUUUCACCAUCUACGGUCCGUAAUAUCAAAGGGUUCAGAGAAUCUGGAGAAAUCAUUGAAUGCCCAUGACCAGGCGGUACUGCAUAAAAAAGCGACAUCAGUGUUUAAAGGAUAUCACCACAUGGGCUCAGGAACACUUCAGAAAACCACUGUCAGUAACUACAGUCGGUCGCUACAUCUGUAAGUGCAAGUUAAAACUCUACUAUGCAAAGCCAAAGCCGAUUAUCAACAACACCCAGAAACGCCGCCGGUUUCGCGGGGCCCAAGCUCAUUUAAGAUGGACUGAUGCAAAGAGGAAAAGUGUUCUGUGGUCUGGCGAGUCCACAUUUUAAAUUGUUUUUGGAAACUGUGGACGUCGUGUCCUACUGACCAAAGAGGAAAAGAACCGUCCGGAUUGUUAUAUAGCAUGUGUGAUGGUAUGGGGGUGUAUUAGUGCCCAAGGCAUGGGUAACUUACACAUCUGUGAAGGCACCAUUAAUGCUGAAAGGUACAUACAGCUUUUAGAGCAACAUAUGUUGCCAUCCAAGCAACGUUAUCAUGGACGCCCCUGCUUAUUUCAGCAAGACAAUGCCAAGCCACGUGUUACAACAGCAUGGCUUCAUAGUGAAUAAAGUGCGGGUACUAGACUGGCCUGCCUGUAGUCCAGACCUGUCUCCCGUUGAAAAUGUGUGGUGCAUUAUGAAGCCUAAAAUAUGAGAAGGGAGACUGUUGAACAUCUUAAGCUGUACAUCAAGCAAGAAUGGGAAAUAAUUCCACUUCAAAAAUGUGUCUCCUCAGUUCCCAAAUAUUUACUGAGUGUUGUUACAAGGAAAGGCCAUGUAACACAGUGGUGAACAUGCCACUGUUACAACUUUUUUGUAAUGUGUUGCUGCCAUUAAAUUCUAAGAUCAUGAUUAUUUGCCAAAAAAAAUGAAGUUUCUCAGUGUAAACAAUAAAUAUCUUGUCUUUGCAGUCUAUUCAAUUGAAUAUAAGUAGAAAAUGAUUUGCAAAACAUUGUAUUCUGUUUUUAUUUACCAUUUACACAACCUGCCAACUUCACUGCUUUUACGAUAAUACAAUUUUAUACUUAUUCAUAAUAGUGUUUUUUAUAGGUGUUAGAAAUAUUGAAGUGUUACAUAUUAUUUCUAAUUGUUAAUGAUCCCAUAGAUUAGCACCUUUAUAUGAUAUACAUAUGUACUGGUUCACAUCUGAAACAUCUUCUGGACCACUUCAGGAAGAAUAUUAUUAUUUACUUUAUACAUCAUUUGAACAGUUGUCUUUUAUGCCAUUUUAAAAUGUGUGACUUUAUGAAUCAUUUGUUGGGUCUCUAUAAUCCAUUUUAUUAAUUAUCUUUAUUACUCUCUUUUGUAAUAUGAUGAUAUGUGAUUGUUUUAUAUGUAUGUACUCAGACAUUUAUGCAAUAUAAAAGUGAGAGAAAAUGGCUGAAUUAUUUGUGGAAGGAUGGCUUUGUUUUAAAAAAAAAACAUUUGUGGAUUAAUAAAAACAAACUAUUAUUGUGUUUUAAACAUUUUUUACGUUUUUUUUAUUUUUUAACAUCCCCAAAACAAUAUCAAUAUCAAUCAGGCAAAAGCCAAUA